AUGGGUUGGUUAUUGGAUUCGGAUAAUUGGGACACCUUAAAAAUCCUUAUGCUGCGAUUAGUUAACCAUGACCCUUUUACUGAUGAUGAGAGAAAGUACAUUGAUAAUUGGGUUGCUACCAAACGAGAAGCAGGUGGUACCAUAAAUUGGACAUCCUGUCAAAGAGACAUGGAAAUGUCUUUUAAUAAAUUACAUUCCACUAAUAAAAUCAAAAACGCAUGGAAUUCUAAACAUAAUAAACAAAAAUCAACUCAAAAGAAAGUCGUACGCAAACAAAAACAAAAACAAAAACGAAACCGAAACCGAAUUGUAUGUGAAAGUAAUGAAAUUGAAAAACUUUCUGUUCAAGUUACAACCACCUCUCAUCAAUUUCCUGUGAAAGAUGAUGUUAGUCAUUUCGCUCAAUCACUUUUAAAUGGUAUUGAUAAUAUUGGUGUCACACCUUCACCAACCAUUAUUGAACCAAAAUUCUUUCAACCCCACGCCCCACAAUUAUUACCAAAUUCUUCUGAAUUUGGUAUCUAUAAUAAUUAUAAUAAUAAUAGUAAUAGUUUUACACACAUACCCGCUAUUCAACCAAAAUUUCAAUUUCAACCUUAUCUCCCAACUAUAGUGAUGAAACCUAUAUUUUAG